AUGGCGUGCAACGCCCAAACAGGCCGAUUUAUGUUUGUCGAGUACUCGAAGCCGGUAGAACCAGCCAAAGGACAGAAGAAGCGACGGGGAGGCCCGAGCGAGGUCCGCGCGCACAUCACGAAAAACUACCACCGAACCCUGCGUGUCAAACGCCUGGAAUCGCUGAAGCAAGGCGAAGUGCCUGCCUCCUUUGGGAGCGAGCACAAAUUACUCCAACGCCAGGACUCGUCGGAGGGGAACGACGAUGACGAAUAUCUGGACUCGGAGGUCAUCAACCAAGCUCCCUGGUCGAUGGGCGAUGUUAACCCGACGAUAUCACCGUCGGCGCCAAGGCCAGCGUGGACAAAGCCAUCCCCUAGCACGAGCGCGACCACGACCACUACGUCCUGGUCGUCAGAAGCCUCACCCCGAUCCUCGACGAACGAAGAUCUCCCCUUCCGGCUGAACACCUCGUUUGGCCUGCAAACCGUUCUAGGCCAGGGACGAUUUGAUCCAUUUGACGUCCUGCCCGUGCAGGGGGUGCCAAUGUUUGUGCAUCAAGUUCUCGAUCACGCGCUCGUCCACUCAUGGCCGAACACGGUCCCUGUGAAACGGUCUCUCGCGCCGAUGAACCCCGUCAAGAGCAGCUGGCUGAAACUCGCCAUGGAGCAUCCUGUGGCCUUCCAUGCUUUUCUCUACGCCACAUCGUUUCACAUCCUCUGCGCCCACCAAGGCCAGGAGAUCGACGACUCGGCCGCACUCCUCCGCCUGUCCCACAAAGUCGAGACCAUCAAACUCGUCAACGAACAGCUGCAGAAUCUGAGCCUCGUGCCUAAACAAAAGGCCAGCGGCAGCGAAGAUGAGGGAGGCAAUAAACCCCCUUCCAAGUCGGUUGGGACGGGGACAGGGACAGGGCCAACCGAUGCGUUGAUCAUGGCUGUCACGAUUCUGAGUAUCCACAGUCAGAGGGACGAGUCUGUCUAUGCCAAGGUUCACGCGCAGUCACCGCUCGCGAGACUCAAUCAUCUCGAUAUUUACGGCUCCAUGAUAAACGACGAAAAGCACAUCCAAGGGAUAAGGCUUCUGGUCGGUCAGAAGGGCGGGCUGGAUGCAAUCGAAUGCUACGGCAUGGCUGACACGAUGCAGUUAUGCGAUCUCUAUUUCGCCUCCAAAUACUCAUGCAGACCGACUUAUGCGUGGCGCAAGCCCGUCAAGUCCCCUGUCAUGGGGGGGAAACACGUGCUCGAUCCAGCCGCCAUCGAGUUGGACUCAAACCUCGGAUCCGGCUUCCGCUACCUGCGUCACACAUACACUGGUCAACAGCUGCUCGAUGUACUGGAUGCAUAUUCCGAGAUCACCGUGGCACUGGAUCAUCAUGUACGUGGUGGUCCGACAGCGCCGGAACUGGUCGAUCUGAUGGAGGUGCGCAACUGCACGCAGCAUCGCCUGUUGUCUCAGCUGCCGAACCCGGUGGACCUCUCAAAUUCAGAACUGUGUCUUCAUCAGGCGGUGCGCUUGGCGAGCCUGAUAUUCAGUGACAUGGUCAUCUUUCCGCUACCACCGACACAAGGAGUGAAACCGAGGCUUGCUCUGAUGUUACGACAGACCCUGGAGACGUGUCAUCUACACCGGUCUUGGGAACUGCACAAUCAGGUGUUGUUGUGGGCCCUCACUCUUGGCGCCAUCGCCGCAAGUUACACGGCACAGAGACCCUGGUAUAUCGGCCAGCUCCUGCAAGAAACGUCCGUCAUGCAGAUUGAGGACUGCUCGAUUCUUGUGGUGGGAGCCAAUUUGCAGCGAACCGCUGCACUGGGUGUGGAACGAGCUGAUUUCACCAAAUCGACGUGA